UCCCCCAUCACCCCCUUUCCGCCAAAAGAAAACACACCUCCAUCCAUCACUAGGCUGCAGUGUGCGCAAGUUUGUUUCUUGAGGCUUUCCCCAUGGCGGAGUACGAUGAGGAGCGCAUGGCCAUUGUGGCCGCCAAGAUACUUCUCAGCCUCCAGAGCAGGAAGUUGGUGCAGUGACUCGAGUGGUUCUGCAGCAGUCCAAUGACAGCGGCAGCUCUACUCCAAGUUUCGUGGUCGCAACAUCUGAGUUGUAGGAUAUCCCCUCGAUGUUGGAACUGGCAAGUCCGGAACCUAGAGACGGCGGCUCCUACCAGCAACCGCAAUACUGUCAGCGGUGCUGGGAAUGGCAUCGACGACCCUUUUUCUUUGCUAGGGCCGACCAGAUUUUUUGCUGCGAUCCAACGAUGGCGAUCCAUUUGUUUUGCUGGAACCAUGUAUUGUUUUUGCUGGAAUCAUGUUUUUUUUGUUAGAACCAUGCAUUUUGGUUUGUUGGUCAUGCCAUUGCUUUUUUGAGAAACCGUGUUUUUUUUUGCUGGAACCAUGAGUUGUUUUCGCUGGAACCAUACUUUUUGCUUGUUGUAACCAUGUAUUUUUGGUUUUUUUGGGCACCAUUGCUUUGCGUUCCUGGGGCAAAAUCACAACGAUGCGAGGAGGAAGAACCCGUGGCCUAAAUCUAACGGCUAUGAGACGUUGCAUUAUAGAGAUUAGGUGUGUGGGGCUGCGACCGAUCGAAAUAAAAGGGAAGAAGAUACCUUCAAAGCAAAGCUGGCCAAACGGGCCGUGAUAACUAGGCCGACCCGAUAGCACGCCUACACGGCACGUGCUAAACGGGCCAGGCCCGGCACGCCAGGGGCCGUGCCUGGGCCUGAAGGCUGAGCACGCGGGGCGGCACGACACAGCCCGCUUAUUUAUUUUAUUCUUAUUUAGAAUUUUUUAAAUAUACAUGGCCAAAAAAAUACAUCAAUAGGUCAAAAACAGCCUAGCAGGCUGGCAGCCUAACAGGCCUGGCGUGCUUCUGGGCCGUCCCUGGGCUAGAGGGGGCAGCACGUGUUCCGGCACAGCAUGGCCCGGCUAAUAAUCAUGCCACGGCGGGCCGGGCCGUGCCAGGCACGAUUACGAUGGGCUGGGCCGUGCCGAGCCAGCCCAUUUGGCCAGCUCUGAAACUCCACCAUCCCCAUCGACCUCCAAAUGAAUCCAUCUCCCUCCCAUUCAUCGCCGCCGAAAAAGGUUCUAGUCGCGGCUGCGGGGGAGCUCCGGGGCUGAGGCCGCCGUGGGGCGAAAAGGAAAUGUGGUGGAGGCGGCCGGCGAUGGCGAGGUCCGGGCGGUUCUGCGUGCAGGGCUAUACGGCGCCCAGCUCUUGGCUGCCGGCACCGGGUAGAUCUGGAACCAAGCAGCGCUCCGGCAGUUCCUCCCAGUCUCAGAUUCCGAAUGCACUUAAAGGGGAAGACAACAUGGACAGCUUAUUAGAUCCUUCAUCGCGUGAUGAGUCCGAGCUAAAGGAAAUAAAAAGAUGCAUGGACAUCGGACUGCAGUGCACCGCGAAGGAGCGGACAGAAAGACCCACCAUGUCGGAUGUUAUUGACUUGCUAGACGGCAAGGAACUGCUCCGGAAGCCCCCAACUGGGAAUGAGGCUUCAUCAUUUAAGAAGAAAGGCAAGGCAUGAUCUCCCAGAUUGUGAUGUGGUUUGGAUCCCGGUGAAGUGCGCGAUAGGUUUGUGAUGCAUUAAAUAGAAUGCUGCUAGUUUGGUUGUAAGACGAGAUCAUUCUCCAAUUCAAAUUUCUAUAUAAAUAGUCACCAACCAAUGCACCUGCAAGGGCUAGCAGAAAUGAGUUUUUCGGUUGUAUUAAGGUUUGAUGAGUUUUCA